GUAUAGAUGAUAAUCUGGAUAUGGUGAAAUUCCUAGUGGAACAUUCUGCAAAUAUUAAUCAGCCAGACAAUGAAGGUUGGAUACCAUUACAUGCUGCUGCUUCCUGUGGAUAUGCAGACAUAGCAGAGUAUUUAAUUAGUCAUGGAGCAAACGUAGCUGCAGUCAACAGUGAAGGAGAAACUCCAUUAGAUAUAGCUGAAGAAGAAGCCAUGGAAGAACUCUUGCAGGAAGAAAUUAGUAGGCAAGGAGUGGAUAUAGAAGCUGCCCGGAAAGAAGAAGAACGAAUAAUGCUUCGCGAUGCCAGGCAAUGGUUAAAUAGCGGGCAAAUAAGUGAUAACCGGCAUCCCAAAUCUGGGGGAACAGCUCUUCAUGUAGCUGCAGCUAAAGGCUACUCAGAAGUUUUGAAGCUCCUAAUCCAGGCAGGUUAUGAUGUAAAUAUCAAAGACUAUGAUGGCUGGACCCCACUUCAUGCUGCAGCACACUGGGGUAAAGAGGAAACCUGCCGAAUCCUGGUGGAAAGCUUCUGCGAUAUGGAGAUGAUCAACAAAGUGGGGCAGACAGCUUUUGAUGUAGCCGAUGAAGACAUUCUUGGGUACUUGGAAGAGCUGCAAAAAAGGCAGAAUCUGCUUUUCCGGGAGAAACAAGCAAAUAAAUCCCCUUUGAUAGAGUCAACUGCGACAAUGGAGAACAACCAAGAAUUAAAACCCAUCAAAAGUAAAGAAACUCUGCUGAAUGAACAAAAGGUCCCAGUGCACAUAGAGUCUCUUGAGCAGGAGAAAGUGGAUGAUGAAGAAGAGGGCAAGAAAGAUGAUUCAAGUUGUUCCAGUGAAGAAGAGGAAGAGGAAGACUCCGAGUCAGAAGCAGAAACAGAAAAAAACAAACCUAUAGUACAUGUAAAUAACGUAAACCGGAUCAACAGCGGAGGUAUCCAGUCUGCAGCAGUCGCUCCAACAAGUGUACCCUCAAAUCAAGUUGCACCAGCAUCACCAGUGAAAAAAUAUGAAUCCAUUACUCCACUAAUGCCUGUGGCGGAGCCAUUAGAUCCGACAUCUUGGCGUCAGGGGUUGCGCAAAACUGGCAUUGUUCUUGUGCCUCAAAAGGGUGACAAAGUUAUGUUAGCCACUCCAUUCAUCAAAUCUUCGAAAGAGGAAGAAAAAAAGAGGAAAGAUGAGGAAGAGAAGAAAGAUGCAUCCCCAGCAAGUUGGAGGUCUGGACUUCGCAAGACUGGAAGCUAUGGUGCAUUGGCUGAAAUUAGCACUUCCAAAGAGGCACAGAAAGAGAGAGAUGUUACAGGUGUGAUGCGAUCAGCCUCCAGUCCCCGACUCUCCUCUACUCUGGAUAAUAAAGAGAAGGACAAAGAUCAGAAAGGGGCAAAGCUUGCUUAUGUUGUACCUACCAUCCCAUCCAGAAGAUUGGCCAGUACAUCUGAUAUUGAUGAGAGAGAAAUUAGAGAUUCUGCAAGUACCUUAGUACGUAGUGGUUCUUACACACGGCGACGCUGGGAAGAAGAUCUGAAGAGGAAAGAAAUCAACCAUGCAUCCACCAGUGAGGGGUCAGCUUCGCAAAAUGCUGCUGUCACCAGUGUCGUGCCUGGUUAUCAAAGGAGUAAUUCGUACCUGCUAGCAAUAGGCAGAAGUAACAGUGCCAGAGAUCUCCCAACCAGCUCUUCCUCAGCCAUCAGCUUGGAUCCUACUAAUACCAAGCCUAGGCCACCAUCUUCAACUCAGUACUCAUCUUACAACAUCUACAAAAGUAGUUCUUUUGGUAGAAGGAAAGAGGAUUUGAUCAGUCCUAUUCAAAGUGCCAUUUCAACCAACACCAUUGCAACCAUUACCUCAUCAAGCAGCCUGCAGCCUGUUCCCAGGAGCACUGCAUCCACGCCAUCUGGCAGUACCUCAAAUCGGUUCUCGACGGGGGACAAUGCAGAAAGAGACAAAGAAAAUGUUCCUUCAACGGUUGCUACAACUGGCACUGUCUCUUCAACAACAGAGGUCAGGGAGAGACGCAGACUGUUGGUUCCUUUCGAGAUGCGGUCAUAUUUAACUCCUGUUCGAGAUGAAGAAUCUGAGUCACAAAGAAAAGCCAGGUCGAGACAAGCAAGGCAAUCAAGGAGGUCAACACAGGGUGUAACACUAACAGACCUACAAGAAGCUGAGAAAACGAUUGGGAGGAGUCGCUUAGACCGUCGAACUCGAGAACAGGAAGACAAAGAAAAGGAGGAGAAAGAAAAGCAAGACCGAGAAAAGCAAGAGGACAAAAAUCAAGUGGAAAUUCAUGAUGACGAUCGACAACGGUUUAGUAAAAACACCGAAGAGCCUUAUCAACGUACUAGGUCAAGUACCACGGCAACUUCGACUGCCACCGUCUCUGCCUUCAAUAGUUCACAUGUGGCAUGCCAACUAAAUCGACCCAACAGCCUUAUCGGCAUUACAUCUGCUUACUCUGCAUACAACCGAAGUUCUGGAGAAGCGGAUAAAGAAAUGGACAAAAGGGACGAUGAGAGAGAUGGAGAAGAGAAAUUAGAUGACAAGUCACAAAAUAAACCAUCGAUAAGAGAGCGUAGGCGGCCUAGGGAAAAGCGGAGAUCGACAGGUGUUUCUUACUGGACACAGGAUAGUGAUGAAAAUGAACAGGAACAGCAGUCUGACACAGAAGAUGGAUCAAACAAAAAAUGUCAGAAUGACAGAUUUUCAAGGUUUGACACAGGGCCUUCUACUACACAUAAUGAGGGUCCUGAACAGUUAGCUAAUCGAACAGGUUUCUCUACUUAUAGGGGAAGCAAGCAAGCAUCUCUCAGGACAGAAAAGGAAGACACGCUGGAUUAUAAAAAGCUUUAUGAGCAGUUCUUGGCAGAAAAUGAGAAACUGAAGGCGAGUCUACAUGACACCAACUUGGAACUGAAUGAGUUGAAAGUGCAAUUAGAGAAAACCACACAGAGGCAAGAAAGGAUAGCUGAUCGGUCGCUGCUAGAGAUGGAGAAAAGGGAAAGAAGAGCUCUGGAAAGGAAAAUUGCAGAAAUGGAAGAGGAGCUUAAGAUGCUACCAGAUUUGAAAGCAGACAACCAGAGGCUGAAAGAUGAAAAUGGGGCCUUGAUCAGAGUCAUCAGCAAACUUUCCAAGUAAACAGGAUUCUGCUUGCUGUUGAUGCCAUUUCGUGAAAACUGAUCCACUCUGAAUUCAAUCACACACAUUUCAGCAAAGUGAUCAAAAAGAGAUGGAAGUGACCAACCAGGCUCCCACCUUGAAGAGCAUCAUCUUGUAUGAACCUGUUCAAUGUCUUUACAUAUGGAUAUAUAUAUAUAUAUAUAUAUAUAUAUAUAUAUAUAUAUAUAUAUAUAAAAGAUGUUUGUGUGUGUGUAUGUAUAUAUAUAUAACCAUUUUAACAGAUGCUAAAACUGCUGAAGUGGAUGACUGAAAAUCUUGUUUACAGUUUUGAGGAAAGUGUUUAAAGGCAGAAGCGCCUUGAUAUUAAACCAAUAAGCCUUACUUGUAUAUAAAACACUUGCAUCAACAAACUGCUUUCAUUGUGCAAUGAAGACAGUUAAGAAUACAACUAAAUGUUACUGUGCCACAGAAUUAUUUUCCUUUCUCACAUGCUUAAAAAAUGUUUAAUAUGUGCUUAACCACCUAUGUGCCAGUUCAAUUUGGGACAGCAUUCACAACCAUCCCGUUUUGGAAAAGAUUCAACUAAGGCCAAGCAAGGAGGUAACUGCGAAUUCUAAUUUGUCCCCCCCCCAAUGAUGAUCAGUACGGUUGGUGAAACAUUUGCUUUCACUGUUUGUGCAAUAUGCAUUUCUUGAUAAGAUGCUUUAACAAAUCCGUUGAAGUAGAUUUAUUUUACAAAAUGUUUUCUUGACUUAAGUCUGUCACAAUUUUUAAGCCUGUAGUGCAAGAUCUUAAAGAAUCUGUAACCUUCACAUUCAUUUUAGCAGGUUCUGUGUAUGUAUAUUUUAUGUUCAUACGAUAUAUAUAUAUAUACACAAUUACUGUUUUAAGUUUCAAUGCACCAUGUAGGCAUGAUGGUUACACAGAUUAUUCAAAGAUGUCUUUUAAAUGAGGUUUUAUGGCUUAAAAAGUACAAAUAUACAUGAAAUGAUCUUUUUUGGAAAAGCGCGGUGUCUUGAAUGGUAAGCGGUUCAAUUAAUUUGGGAUUAGUGUUCACAGAUGUAAAAAUGUGCAUCCAAGGUUAAUGAGAGGUUUCUCACUAUAUUGCAUCUGUGAGUCACGUCUUGGCCAUUUUAUUCCCUGCCAAAGUAAUAUCAUUCAAAUGGCUGUUUGUUCGGGGAAGCUAUAUUAAUGGUCUUCACAUGGGGCAGAUGGGAAGGUUUGCGGCAAGUUGGGAAAGCAUGUUCAUGUUGUCCCCAGAGAUUGAAAUGCACUUCUUAUAUUGUGGUGGUUUUUUAAAAGAACAAUUGCAGUGAACACACUUACCAUUAGACCCAUAUUGUGCAUCACCCCUAGUUUAUUUUGAAUAUAUAUUUAAAUGUCAAUACAACUUCUUACGGCACACAACGUAUGUCAAAUAAAACCACUGAAGAGUUCCAACGUGCAGAGUCAUUGUACAUUAAGCUUGCAGUAGCUGUUGUAUUAUCCUUAAAUAUAUUGUAUUAAAUGUGAAUUUAUACCUCUUCAUACAUAAACAUGAUUCUUGUGUUACAUUGCUUAUUGUAGUCUUCUAGUAAUUGGGGCGCAAUGCCUCUUUGGGGCAUGACAUUUUCUGUUCAUUGGUUUUCUGCAGGUGUGAAUUCAUACUCUUACUACUAAUCUCAGGAGAUUGAUUUUAUAAAGGUACCAAGAAAACUAGAUUUUCACAUUCAAAUGGUAUUUGGACUAAGUGAUUGUUGGGUCGAUAUUGCUGGUGAUGUGUGACAUCUUACUGUGGUUUAACAUUGACAGAGACAGUGACGACAAAGUUUGAGCAUUAGUUCACCACAGUGCUCUGAGUGUUUGACUGACUGGCAAGCAGAUUGUGGAAUGUGUUGAGUGCAUGUGCAAAAUUACCGUAGAUGUUUCUAAUAUUUUAGUGUUUUAUAUUUAGGUUAUUUAUUCUUUAUAUUGGAUUCCAUGAUGUAGCCGGUGUGCUGUUUCAGUUUUAUUGGUAGUAUUGAGCAGACAGUGCAUCUGCAGAAACUGAUUACAAAAGCUUCCAAUUAUUUUCUGAAAAUUGUAUUUUGACAUAUACAAAUAAAAAUUAAAACAUUGA